GAAUGAAUAGAAAUAAUCUCUUGAAAUACAAGAUUUGAAUCUGUGUUGAAUUAAAAAUUUGUACAAAUAACAAUUAAUAUGUUUAAAAAACCUGUUAAAAUCAAGACGAACACUCAGUCAAAGGCCACAGAAAGGAAGAAUUUUAGAGAAACUCUACUGAGGAAGUUUCCAAAUUUCUCAGAAAGUCAAUUGAAUGAAUUAUUGCCAAAAAAAGAACCACUCAAUGUGUUGAAAGUGAUAACACAUAAUGAUGUGAUUGUAAAUGUUUAUACUGUUCAGAAAAGACCUGUGAUAUUUGAAGUUGAGGGUAAAAUUUUCCCCACCAUAUUUUUAUUGUGGAAAUUUCCCAAUUUGCUCUAUGCCUUUACAACCCACCAGCAAGUUAUGAGUUUUAUCACUUCAGGAGCAGAUCUCAUGCUCCCAGGUGUUGUAACACCUUCCUUACAAACUGGUUUGUUGAAAUAUGGUGCCAUUUCUGAAAAUGAUACUGUAUGUAUCAAUUUGACAUCAAACAAAGCUGCUGUGGCAGUAGGAGUAGCAAGUCAGAGCUCAGGUGCUAUGUCUUUGCAAGGUUCCAGGGGAAAAUGUGUGAACAUUUACCACUUUUAUGGUGAUAGCUUGUGUACAUUGGAAGGGAUGUCAAAUCCUCCUUUACCAAAUUUAGGCUCUCCUGAGUGGCUACAGCUGAAGAGUUUUGAUGAGAAUUUCCCAGCAUUAGGUAGCCCUCAGAAACAAGCAUCUUCAUCUCCAAUGGUGUCUGAAAAUGAUGUCAUCACUUCAGAAAAAAAUGAAAAUGAAGUUUCAAUCAGGGAACUGGAAGAUGUUCCUGGAGUAGCAACUUCAAAGGAAAAUGAUGAAUGUUCAAUUGAGGAAAUGGAUAACCUUCUGUGUUAUUGCUUUUUAGGUGCAAUAAAGUAUACAAAAUCAUUAUCCCUACCAGUAUUGACAUCAAAUUUUUUCAAACUCAAUAUGCUUCCUAUUUGUCCACCCAAUAGAAACUUGGACAUCAAGAAAACUUCUUACAAGAAACUGAAACCAUUCCUUAAAAAAAUGUCAGAUGAAGGUCUUGUUACAGUUAAAGAAAUCAAAGGAGGUGUUGAAGCAAUAACUUUGAUAAAUAAGGAACAUCCAAGAAUUCAGGAAUUUUACUUAGAUCCUAAAGAUAGGCCUAAAAAUGAUAUUGAUGACAAAGAAGACCCUCAGAUAACUGAUGUAGUUGAGACAUAUAUGAUUACUCAAAAUGUAUUACCUAUAUUUGAAGGACACAGGAAAGGUGACACUAUUCAAGCCUCACAAAUAAGGCAAUAUGUGACAAAAUAUGUGAAAGAUAAUAAUCUUCAAGAUGAAACCAAUAAUAGGUUAGUUAGGCCGAGAAAUGUCCUAGCAACUGUUUGUAAAACUGAACAUCCAGUGAUGUGGGAAGAAGUCAUAGAAAAAGUAUGUGCAGCAAUGAAAAGCUGUUACAAAGUCAAAUCAGGAAAUGAGGAAAUACUUAACAAGGGAAAAGUUUCUCCCAUCACUAUAUCAGUGUCUGUAAGAUCUGGAAAUAAGAAAGUGACUCUGAUUGAUAAUUUGGAAUUAUUUGGAGUUCGAAUAACUGAAUUUGCUAAGGAGUGCCAGCAUGGGGUAGCAGCUAGUACAAGUAUUAGUAGACCCCCUGGAAAAAAGUAUGAUCAACUUUUAGUUCAGGGAAACCAAGUGUUAUUCAUUUACAAUCUAUUGACAGAAAAAUACAAAGUGCCAAAAAAGUACGUGAAGGGACUAGAAAAUGCACCGAAGAAGAAAAAAUGAAUUUUUGUCAGGAUAUUGAACUUGAAUAAACGAAUUU